AUGGAAAAAUCAUCACCUCCUACUUCUCCAAACCAUCAUCAUCAUCAUCAUUCAAAAUCACAUUCACCUACUUCAAAUCAUAGAUUAAACAUAUCAGAUUCACCUGAACAUAAACGAAACCAAUCAUCACGUUCUGCUCAAAUCACUAAUCCUAGCACCACCUUACCAUCCUAUACGACUCAUCAUUCUACACCUUCAUCUGUAGAUCCUAUUCUAAAUCAUCCAGCUUUACCUGUACUUUCUUAUUGUGCUGCUAGUAUCUUAAUGACAGUGGUCAAUAAAUUUGUGGUCUCUGGUCAUCACUUUACCAUGAACUUUUUACUUCUUACAAUCCAAUCAGCAGUCUGUGUAACAUGUGUAGCAAUCUCAAAAUCACUAAAGUUGAUCAAUUAUCGAGAUUUUGAUUUCUCUGAUGCCAAAAGAUGGUUUCCUAUCUCAUUUCUACUAGUCAUUGUGAUUUACACCGGUUCAAAAGCUUUACAAUUCUUAAGUAUACCAGUCUAUACGAUUUUUAAAAACCUAACCAUCAUUCUUAUCGCAUAUGGAGAAGUGAUUUGGUUCGGAGGUCAUGUUAGCGGUCUGACCUUGAUUUCAUUUGGUCUGAUGGUUUUAUCUUCCUUAGUAGCAGCUUGGUCAGAUAUCUCUUCAGCUUUGUUCUUGUCACCUGUGACGGCUACUGCUCUGGCUGCUGCAAGUGUAGCUUCUGAUCCGAUCGGUCAAGGGAAUUAUAGUGAAUUGGUACAAAAACAUGCUGGAUAUUUUUGGAUGUUGAUUAAUUGUUUGGCUAGUGCUGGUUAUGUACUUGCGAUGAGAAAGAGAAUCAAAUUGACUAGUUUUAAAGAUUGGGAUACCAUGUUUUAUAAUAAUUUACUAUCGAUUCCAGUCUUGGUAAUCUUUUCAUUCUUAUUCGAAGAUUGGUCCGAAAGCUCACUCACAGCCAACUUUCCGAUCGAAGGAAGAACGUUUUUAUUAUCAGCCAUGGCCUUUUCAGGAGCAGCAGCCGUUUUUAUAAGUUAUACAACAGCUUGGUGUGUUCGAACGACUUCUUCAACGACUUAUUCGAUGGUAGGAGCUUUAAAUAAAUUACCAGUAGCGGCUUCUGGAAUGAUCUUUUUUGGUGAUCCAGUUUCGAUUGGAAACGUUUCGGCUAUUUCGAUUGGGUUCUUUGCUGGUUUGGUUUAUACUUUUGCUAAGAUUAAACCUAGUGGGAAUGGAUUGGGAGAUUCUGGAGUGAAAGGAUAUAAAUCUUAA